AUGAGGAGAUUCGGGAGGAAGAGUUUGUGCGAGACGAGGGGGAGCUGGUAUACGGGAUCCGAGUCGAACGUCGACAAGGAGAGAGGAGGGAACCAGAGGAUCUGUUUCUCAAAAAUUAAAACAAAAAUCAAAUGUUUGCUGGAGCUGAGAGAGGGAACGGAGAAAGUCAGGGACUAUUUUGUCAUUACACAGCGCCACGUAGGGUGUGCGCCGGCUGCUCCCAAACAGGGGCUGACGCGAAGAUUAAUUCAAAGAUCAAACUUUAGUACUUUACCUGUAGUCGUUGCGCGUCUUCGUCUCAACCAAAACCACCACUCCAUCUCAAUGAGUUUAAUAUCAAGGGGGAUUCAAUUCCCUGGCCGAGACAAUGAGAGUUUGGCAGCUAUCUUUACUCCUUGUUCAGUAUCAGAUUCCAAUUAUGAUGCUUGUCUUCCCCAGCAGAUUCUGCGUGAUUUUCCUGUGCAAAGCUUUACAGCUGAACAAACAAAGGAAGUGCUUGAUGUUACAAGAAACAUUAUUGAGCUUCUUACAACAGUCUUACACACUUCACCCCAACAAGAUUCUUUGAAGAGAAUUGUCAGAAUCGAACGGGUGCAACUUCAUAGAUCAGAGAGUAAGAUGAGGGCGGAGGUGGGCUACUUACUUUCUCCAAUAGGCGCAACAUUACAUUCUGGUAACUCACUGACUCGAUUUGAUAUUGAUAUGCAAAAGAUUUGAACCAAAUAUUUUGGA